AUGUUGAACAUUUUAUUGGGAUACAUACCCACAGCGAAAAUCUAUGACCUCAAUUCGUUCGAUGCAGAGAAUAUUAUAGAUGCCGUACGCAGCACACCCAAACGCAUUGUAGCAAAUUAUAUAUUUUUCAAUCUAUUGGAACAUUUUAUGCUGAUCAAACCCAAAGUGACGGAUGAACUGGAUCAUUUGUGCCUCAUGAAAACGAAAAUGUUUUUCAGCAGUCUUAUGGAUGAUAUGGUCUAUCGGAAAUAUAUAACCCCCCGCAUGGAAGAAGAUGUUCAACAAAUGUGGCACACUAUUAAGGCCAGCUUUCAGCGUGCCUUGGAUUCGGUGAGGCUAAGUUGGAUGAGGCCACUAACAAGGUAUAUGGCCAAGUUGAAAUUGGACUCCAUGAAAUUGGAAAUCAACUCCCAUAAAGAUAUCGAUUUUGAUUUGGAAUUUCAAAAUCUCACCAUCAACAAACAUGAUUUGGUGAGAAAUCUAAGAGAGAUUUUCAUUUGGAAAGCCAAUCAGACAAGACUGAGAUUAAGGGAAGAGCCACGACCCCACUAUGAAGCGGUUAUGUCAUUUUCCCCUGCCUAUAUUUUAACCGAAAAUCUCAUCAAAGUACCCGUGGCCAUGCUGCAACCCUAUUACCUUUGGUCCGAUUCAUAUCCAAAUGCUUUAAAAUUUGCCACCUUGGGAUUUUUUAUCUCCCACGAAGUCAUACAUGCCUUUGAUGAGGAGGGUCGGAUGUUUGAUGCCAAUGGCAAUAAUCGUCAAUGGUGGGAUUUCUAUACUCAGGAGCAUUUUAUCCGCGGUACCCAAUGUUUUCGCAAACAAUAUCAUUCAUACAUCCACAAUGGGCGACAUUUAUCCAAAAUUGUUUCGCAGUCGGAAAAUAUUGCCGAUAAUGGUGGCAUCCGUUUGGCUUUUGAAGCAUACACCGAUUGGUAUCAUCGUUCUCGGUUAAAUAUUGAAAUGGAAAUGUUACCACGUUUUAAUUUCACUGGAAAGCAGCUAUUUUUCAUUUCAUAUGCCCAACUAUGGUGUAGUUCAACACAUCCAAUGUUAAGUAAUUAUGUAACAAUAAUUGAUGAACAUGUUCCCGAUAGAUUUCGUGUUAUUGGUCCCCUUUCGAAUUUCGUUGAAUUUUCUAAAGAAUUUUCAUGUGAUUUAGCGAGUCCCAUGAAUCCAUAUGAUAAGUGUAUUAUAUAUUAA